AUGAACCCGAAUCCCAUGGCAGCAGCUGCAGUCUUACGGGGUCUCGCCCUCCUCCUCCAAGGACCAGAAUUGGAUCGUAAGGCUUUGGAGAAGGGCAUGUGGGAGAGGAUGAAGGAGUUUGCUUCCCGCAUUCCCGGCUCUGACAAGCGCUGGGAUGAGGCUGAAGAGCAAGGCCUCUUAGAUGUGGACAAAACGAUCGAAAUUGGAAAGGAGUAUUGCCAGCGCAAGAAGAUGCCCCUCACCGUGGAAGCUAUCCUGGAGGUGCACGCCUACCGCGUGUCGGUCAUCGAGCGCGGCCCCAACGCUGAUUUGUCGGACGCCAACGCUGCAAACUUCCCGAUACGCUAG